GCUGUGAAGAGUUCUGCACGCGGGGAGAGAACCGUGAGGAGAGAGGAGAUAAAUUACCGGAGAAGCAUCUCAUACGACGGAUUCAUGAGCAGUUUUAAGCUUAUUUUAGCGGCUGAACGCAAAAAGUUUCCGUCUUUUUUCUGUGUUUAACGCGACUGCUCGCAGCAGGUGAUGGUGAAGGUGUUUCGCAGUCCGGCCCGUCAUGGCUACGCUGUGGAGGUCUCGCCGUUCAUCCCCAGCAGAGUGGCCUGCGCUGCCUCCCAGUAUUAUGGAAUAACUGGUUGUGGUACUCUCCUGGUCCUGGAUGAGACGGAGACCGGGAUCUCUUCAGUCAGAAGCUGGGAGUGGGGUGACGGCCUGUUCGACGUGGCGUGGAGUGAAGCCAACGAGCACGUGUUGGUGGGCGCCGGAGGAGACGGCAGCCUGCAGCUGUGGGACACCACCAAUCAGCACGCUCCGCUGAGCGUGGCCAAAGAACACACGCAAGAGGUGUACGCUGUGGACUGGAGUCAGACCAGAGGAGAGAACCUGGUGGUCUCGGGGUCGUGGGAUCAGACCAUUAAAGUGUGGGAUCCGACUCUCCGCGGAUCCUUGACGACGCUCCGAGGUCACGAAGGCGUCGUCUACAGCACAGUUUGGUCUCCUCACAUCCCAGCAUGCUUUGCUUCCACCUCAGGUGACGGGACUCUCAGAAUUUGGGAUGUGAAGGGCGCUGCGUGCCGAUUGGCCGUUCCAGCUCACAAGGCAGAAAUCCUGAGCUGUGAUUGGUGUAAAUAUGAUCAGAAUAUCGUUGCCACAGGCUCAGUCGAUUGCAGUGUGUGUGUGUGGGACCUGAGGAACGUCCGACAACCCGUCAGCCGACUGCUGGGACACACCUACGCCAUCCGCAGAGUCAAGUUCUCUCCGUUCAGGCAGACGGUGCUGGCGUCCUGCUCCUACGACUUCUCCGUCAGGUUCUGGGAUUACAGUAGAGAUCCGCCUCUUCUGGACUCCGUGGAGCAUCAUUCAGAGUUCGUCUGUGGAUUAGACUUUAACCUGCAUGUCCCCAACCAGGUGGUGGACUGUUCCUGGGAUGAGACGGUGAAGAUCUACACACCUGCCUGCCUCUCUGCUGGAACACACACACAUAAUUAGCCUGCAACGAUUGGCUGAUUUAUACCAGCUGUUUAUGGUAUAAUUAACUGUGAUUGUCUAACCUGUCGAAUUCUGUCCACAUCUUUAAUGACAACCAGAACGAGUUCCGUCGUUACUGGAAACAUCCAAUGAGCUGGAUGGUUAAAGCAAAUUUUCCUUUUUGGGCAAUUGGUUUUUUAUUUUGGAGGUGAGAACCAGGGCUUGGUGGUCACCAAAUCAUCAAAAUGGCCUCCAACGCCACCUGUACCUGAUGCUCAUCAGAGGAGACACAGCUUACCUCCACAGAAGAGAGGAAAGCACCGAACAUGGUGCAGAGAAGAGAGACUGGUGAAAGAAAUAAACAGAUGGAGAUGCUACAGCGGGACAUCACUGCUAAAUAUUCUAUAAAGCCACGGUAGCUUGUUUAGGCUAACGUAGCACAAGCUAAUGAUACAAGUUGGCCUUGGCACGCGCCACCAAAUAUCCAGACGUCCGUUCAUGGAAUAUUCCAGCUGGAAGGCAUUGUGCUGCCGCUUCUCCUCUUCCUCCAUGUUUUCUGUAAAAACUGUCUCCAGAAAUACUUCAGGUAAAUUCACCUUUUAGGACAAACAUGAAAGCUUCACCCUGAAAUAGUUUAUUGUGUUUUCAUCAGACAGAAAUGUGUUUUACUUUCUUCUCUCUAUGAGAAUAAAUGUAAAUGUUCUCUGAGCAUCAUUUUCAUGUAAUUCUGAACAUGUUUAGUAGAAAUCACUUGAACUUGUAAAUGUUACAGAUGAUGAUGAUGAUGAUGAUGAUCUGUCUGCUUUAAUAAAUCUAUAAAACUGUUUAA